GUAGCCGAUCGGCCAGGGCUGUGCCUCCCUGGGAUGCCCGGCAUGCAGUGACCAGACGGGAGAUGCCAUCAGGCCGGGUCUUGGUGCUAGUCACCUGCUUGUGGCUCCUACUGGUCCCGGUCCAGUGCUGUGGACCUGGCCGGGGUCCAGUGGGUCGGCGCCGGUACAUGCGCAAGCUGGUGCCCCUUCGCUAUAAACAGUUCGUGCCCAACGUGCCGGAAAAGACCCUGGGUGCCAGCGGCAAGACCGAGGGCAAAAUCCGCCGGGACUCGGAACGGUUCCGGGAGCUGGUGCUGAACUACAACCCCGACAUCAUCUUCAAGGAUGAGGAGAACACCAUGGCAGACCGGGUCAUGACCGAGCGCUGCAAGGAUAGGGUGAAUGCCUUGGCUAUCUCUGUCAUGAAUAUGUGGCCAGGAGUGCGGCUGCGGGUCACAGAAGGCUGGGACGAGGAUGGACACCAUGCCCAUGACUCCCUGCACUAUGAAGGACGUGCACUUGACAUCACAACUUCAGACCGAGACAAAAACAAAUACGGCAUGUUGGCUCGUCUAGCAGUUGAAGCUGGCUUUGACUGGGUGUACUAUGAAUCCAAAGCGCACAUCCAUGUCUCAGUGAAAGCAGGUACCCUUUCUGGAGAUAACUCCUUAGCUGUCCGUUCUGGUGGCUGCUUUCCAGGAACUGCCAUGGUCAACCUUGUUAGCGGUCAACGUAAGCUUCUCUCGGAAUUGCAGCUUGGUGACAAAAUCCUUACCACAGAUGAAAGAGGACAUUUGACAUCAACAGAGGUUUUACUGUUUUUGCACAAAGAUCUUGAUAUGCCAGCCAGCUAUAUAGUUAUUGAGGCUGAAGGACAUCCAUAUAGCCUUUGGCUUUCUCCAAACCAUCUGAUCUUUGCCACUAGAGACCCAAUGGCAGGGUUUUUGCCAGUUUAUGCACACCGUGUCCAAGUCGGGGACUUUGUUCAAAUAUUUGUUAAUGGCACUCAACUUCUACCAUCUAAAGUUGUAAAUUUGUCCAUACAAGAAGAGACAGGGGUUUAUGCUCCACUGACUUCCCAUGGAACCCUUCUUGUAGAUGGCAUAUUGACAUCUUGCUAUGCAAAUAUUGAAUGGCAUGAAAUGGCACAUAGGUCAUUUGCACCCAUGAGACUACUUUACAACAUGUUCUCCAUUCUUCCAGAAUUUUUAGGGAAUGAUGGGAUUCACUGGUACUGCCACUUCCUCUAUGUUCUGGCCAAAAACGUUCUUGGGUGGAAAAUGCCUUGAUAUGUUAUACAAAAGAAUGGAUUUAACUGCAAAUGCUGCUGUAAUGGGUUCCGAUAGAUCUCCAGUUUCCUUUUUUGCCUAUCUACUGAAUACAGUUAAGCAAAUUACAGCUCGCUAAGAUACAUGGUCCUGAAGGGACUUGAUUCCCAAAGUGUGACUAUUGUAAAAGCUGGUGGCUACUGUCAAUUGUGAUCAGAUGGACUAGCAAUGUGUUAAAUUAUUCAUGCAGUUUAGAAGGUAAUUGCUAAAAUUGUAUUAAAAAUUGCUAUUUUGUAGGAAAGUCUUAUUUUGCAGGAAGAUAUUCUGAUAUAGAGAGGAUGGAAAGUACAUGUUUGGUCAUUUGAAGGGGAGCCUUUUGUGGCUUUCAGUUAUAUCCAGUCAUGACAGCCUCUCAUAUUACUUGCUCACAUCACAAAC